AUGCCGGCAAUUUUCAAGCGAAUCGCAAAACAGCUAAAGAAACCAAACUGUGUGCCAGCAUGGGGGACCAAACAGAUUCGCAGGAGUUUUUUAAAUAAUAGCUUGGUGGAAAGCUCGUCCAGGGACAGCAUUUAGAUGGAGGUGGAGCGGAUCCAAUAGAGAGAUGAGCCGAAGCAAGAGAACAGCAGCAGGGGUGAAGGCCAGCUCCCACUAGGAGGAGAAGCCAAAUCCCAGUGGCUGCAGGACACAGGCCUGUCAGGCCUCCUCAGUGGCCAGGGCUUGGACAGUGAGCACCAGGGGCUCCCAUACACCCUGACACCGACCCAGGAGGUUGCUGUGUGCUGCCGGCUGGACAUCUAUGUCUGCUCAACCGGAAGACAACACAAGGCACCUGUCAGAGAUGUCAGGGACAUCUUUGGCUUCUUCAGCUCAAUGAAGUUUAGGAUUCCCAAAGGCAGAUUUGGCCUGACCUAGAAGGGAGACUUGUCCCUGCAGGAUGUGCAGAAGAUCCCUGCUCUGGCCCUCAUGGAGCUGAUUGUGCUCUGUGUGGUCUGUGGCUCAGUGAAGAGGAGCAAGGCAGGGAAGUGGAAGGCAACAAAAACGUGGGUUUUCAGGGUGCCCCUUGAUGUCCUGCUAGAAGCUGAUCGCAAAGUCCUCCCCAGCACCUGGUUCUACUGGUCCUUCAAGCUGAAUGUUGUCCCCAGCUUUGGCUCCUGCUGUCCUAUUUUGGAAAAGAGAGGGCUGGACACAGAAGGCAUUCUCAGGGUGCCCGGAUACCAGGCCAGGGUCAAGGGGACGGAACAAAACCUGGGGAGAGAUUUCUACACUGGCCUUUUUAGCUGGGACAAGGUUCCCCAAGAUGUAUCCGAUGUGCUCAAAAGGUUCACCCGGGAACUGCCGGAGGCUCUGCUCACUGCUGUAUUCCUCCCGGCCUUCCCUGUGAUGCCAAACAGCCCCGACCUGAAGCAGUACCUGCAGGCCCUCCACCUGCUCACGAUCCUCCCAGAAUCCAGCAGACAUGCCCUGAGGGCACUCCUGAAAUUCUUCAAGAAGGAGGCGGCCUGAGAGCCAAGCAAGAAGAUGACUCUAAAGAACAUUUCCAUGGUGAUGCCCCCAAAUUUCCCCCCCAAACUCCCCAAGGGCAAAGAGAAGCAUUUGGCAGAGGGGGUGGCUGAGGUGGUGCAGAUGUGUGUGCACUACCAGGACCUGCUAUGGGCAGCGAGUGCCGUGGCUCCACCAUGGGUGGAAGGGACGAAGAAGGGCUUGGGCCUGGUAGCUCUGCUCAGCCUUCCAGCCCAGCUCAAGAGCGAGAGCGUGGAUGGCCCGGCCCCUCCCCCACGCGGGUGCUCGCCACCUGGCUGCCGGGCCGGGGCUGCCGAUUCGGCCACCAGGGGGCGCGCCGGCCCCGUCCGAGCGGGCGAGGAGGAAACCUGGGGUGGGGGCGGGGGGUGUGGGGGGUGCGGGGGAGGGGUGCGGUGCGUUGUGAGCUGUGCGGUCAUUGAGUUCAAAGUGGCAAAGAUCCGGGUGGCCUGGCCUAUCACAGAUCUUCUGGAGGUGCCCCUGACUCCCAGCACUGAACUGGCCCGUGUCCCCAGGCGGUUCACAGAGUGCUUCAGUCCUGGCUCUCACAGGGUCAAGAAGGCAGUGAGGACACAAACACCCUCUCCUCCGUGGCCUGUGAAGGCAGCAGACAUCCUCCUCUGGGAAGUUGGAAGAAAUAUCUCUGAACAUCACCUGGCCUCAGGUGCCUACCCCUUAGAUCUGUAUCAUGCCAACCCCUGUGGCGAGUGGGUCAUUCAACAGAGCCUCACCUAA